AUUUCAGCAAUUUCUCAAUUUUUGGGUUUCAAUUUUUCCUCUCACAUUAUUCAAAAAUUACAAUCGGCGAAGGUGUGAACCAAGAGGACACUAUGGAUCCGUGUCCGUACGUAAGAAUAGUAGUCGGAAGUUUAGGUUUAAAGUUCACCUGCGCCGGCGACGUUGCUCCGCUGUCUUCGGCGGCGUACUGUAAGAUUAAACUCAAGAACUACCCUACACAGUUUGCAGAAAUCAGUUAUGUUGUGCACGGUGAUCAGAAUCAAAUAAACGAACAGGUUCAAGCUUGCUUUAAUUUAAAGAAAUCGGAGUUUGAUAAAGUGGUUGAUACAUCUAACAUGUUGAAGAUUGAGGUUUAUUCGGGUCGGAAAAGUAAACCGGUUUGUGGGUUCGGGUCCGGGUCGGGUAAGCUUUUGGGUGCUGUGACGGUGGGUUUGGAUUCUGAGGCGGUUGAGGGUGGUGGUGGUAACCGGGGGUGUCUGGUGGUUAGAAACGGGUGGGUGGGGAUUGGUGACCGGUCUUCGAAAAGUAUGUUGAAUUUGCAUUUGAGUAUUCGGGUCGAGCGUGACCCGAGAUUUGUUUUUGAAUUUGAUGGUGAACCCGAGUGUAGCCCACAAGUGUUUCAAGUUAAUGGGAAUGUUCGCCAAGCGGUUUUCACUAGCAAGUUCAGUUUCAGAAGCAAUAGAGAUCAGAAUUUGAGAUCUGAUUCUUCGCUCUCGGAAUCAAACAACUCCAAAAGCUGGUUGAGAUCAAUCCAAAAAGAUAAAGAAAAACUAGUAAAAGAGCGAAAAGGAUGGUCAAUCACAAUCCACGACCUAUCUGGGUCACCUGUAGCAAUGGCGUCAAUGGUGACGCCAUUUGUGCCAUCACACGGGACCGACAGCGUGAGCUCAUCGAACCCGGGUGCGUGGCUCAUCCUCCGACCCGGUCACAGCACAUGGAAGCCCUGGGGCCGGUUGGAGGCCUGGAGGGAGUCCAAACACAAAGACUCCCUCGGUUACCGGUUCGAGCUCCUUCCGGACGCAACCGUUAGCGGGCUCGACCCGGUAACCUUAGCAAAUUCCACCCUCAGUUUCAAAACCGGCGGGAAGUUUACAAUUGACAUGAGUAAUGGUGCUUCACCAAUGUCCACACCAAAUGGGAGUUUCGGGUCCGGGUCCGGGUCGAGUUCGGAUUUUGAAUUCGGGUCGUGGGCCCAUUUGAUGUAUCAAGGGUUUGUGAUGUCAACGUCGGUGGGUGGUGCCGGUCGGGGUGGUAAACCAGAGGUGGAGGUGGGGAUACAGCACGUGACUUGCACGGAGGAUGCAGCCGCCUUUGUAGCAUUGGCGGCAGCGAUGGAUUUGUGUGUUGAUGCUUGCCAGCCGUUUUCUAGGAAGCUCCGACCAGAGUUGCGGCACGACGGCGAAUAGUUUGUUGUUUUGUUUAUUUAAUUUUUUUUUGCCGGUUUUGAAUAUUCUAGAAGAGAGAGAGAGGGUACAGUCGAGUUUACUUUUGUGUGGUUUGGGGAUUUUUGAAUGGUUGUACAGUUUAUUUUUUAUUUGAAAAGCCAAUUUUAGAUGGUUUGGUUAUUUGAA